AUGCUUGCAAGGUCUGUUCUGAGGGCCUGCGGGCCUGUGCGCCAGAGCAUCCGUGGUUACGCGUCCGAAGCACAAGCCCCGAAAUCCUCAUCAACACCGUAUAUCGUCGGCGCCGCCGCCAUCGGCACGGGUAUCCUGGGGUACAACUUCCUAGGCUCAUCCAGCAAGACCUCCAAGACCGACGGAGCACCGUCGCAGUCGACCGAAGACCAGAAGAACAUUAACAAGCAGAAGGAAGAAGCCCCGGGCAAGACCUUCACCGGUGGAGAGCAAGGAUUUGUUGAUCUGAAGCUCAAGGAGAUCAUUCCCUACAACCAUAACACGAAGAGGUUCAAGUUUGCACUGCCUGACGAGGAGCACGUCUCGGGUCUCAAUGUUGCUUCUGCCAUCAUCACGAAAUUCAAGCCAGAGGACGCAGAAAAGCCCGUGAUCAGACCGUAUACUCCCAUCAACGAUGAAGACGCGCGCGGCUAUCUUGAACUCCUCGUCAAGGUCUACCCCAAAGGUCCCAUGUCGGAACACAUCCAUGGCCUGAAAGAAGGCGACACGCUCAGCUUCAAAGGCCCCAUCCCGAAAUACCCCUGGUCUCCUAACAAGCAUAGCCACAUCACGCUCAUCUCGGGCGGCACGGGCAUCACGCCCAUGUAUCAGCUCAUCCGCGCGAUCGCCAAGAACCCCGAGGACAAAACCAAGGUGUCGCUCAUCUUCGGCAACAUCAAGGAGGAAGACAUCCUGCUCAAGAAGGAACUCUCGGACCUCGAAAAAGAAUUCCCGCAGCGGUUCCGCGUGUUCUACACGCUGGAUAAUCCCCCCGAGUCGUGGCCCUAUGGCAAAGGCUUCAUCACCAAGGAACUGUUGAAGGAGGUGAUUCCGGACCCCAAGACCGAGAACAUCAAGAUCUUCGUCUGUGGGCCGCCGGGCCUGUACAAGGCCGUCAGCGGGCCCAAGGUCAGUCCCCAGGAUCAGGGCGAGUUGUCGGGCAUUUUGAAGGAACUGGGGUACACCAAGGAGCAAGUCUUCAAGUUCUAA